GUGAAAGUGAAAUUCGAUGGAGGUUGAUGUUGAACCCAUUUAAACCUGUCAAUCCAGAACCACGGAAGAAGAGUGUGGUCAGACCAACUUACCUGCUUGGGAAGGAACCCCAGUGUCUGAUGAUGCGAAUGUUCCAGUUACGAAUGAGGAGAUUCACAACAGCAAAGACAAUGGCGAUGAAAACAAAGAAAACGAUAAUGAAGAUGUUGUUAAGGUGGAGGUCGAGGAAUUUGUUAAUGAAGAUCCUUUUGCCCCCCCCCGAUAUGCCUGAGAACCCAGUGCACAGGAUCAUUACUACUUUUGUGGUAAUGUUAGAUACCCGCUAUGUGGCCAACAAAGGCGCUGUCAUCCUGAUAAAGUUCAUCAAUAAGCUCUAGACAACUUACGAGAAGAAUUUACAAUUGCCAUCGAACAUUUCUGGCCUCAAACACAAAACGGAUUUUUCAUCCAUGAACAAAAGCGUUCAUAAAUAUGUUUUGUGCCAGGAUUGCCACAAGGUGUAUGAGGAAAGUGUAUUAUGUUGGAAUACAAACUCUUAUUGACGAGCAUCCAAGGGGGUCCAGGAUUCGUGCAGUAUCUCAUUGCCCAUUUUCAGUACCACCCAGAACAAUACUGAUACCUGGUAUCGGCUGUAAAAAAAAAUUAGUAAAUACAAUUUUCAGUGAGAAAAUUUUAAAAACUCCUCC